ACUUAGUAGGACAAAAACAGAGUAUUUGGAAUGUUCAUUUAAAGAUGGAGCUACUACAAAUAAAAUGGUAUCUUUGGAUGGUGAAAUGAUUGUAAAAAGCAAUAGUUUUAAGUACCUAGGAUCGGUAUUACAGAGUAAUGGAGAAAUAGAUGGAGAUGCAUGCAGUAGAAUUAGGGCUGGAUGGAUGAAGUGGAAAGAAGCGAGUGGUGUGUUGUGUGACAGAAAAAUUCCAAUGAAGCUGAAGGGAAAAUUCUAUAAAACAGCCAUAAGACCAGCUAUGAUGUACGGAACUGAAUGUUGGGCAGUGAAAAAGAAAGAGGAACAGCGAAUGCAUGUGGCGGAAAUGAGAAUGCUUAGAUGGAUGAGUGGAGUGACAAAGAAGGAUAAAAUUAGAAAUGAGUAUAUUAGGGGAAGUCUAGGUGUGGCACCAAUUGAUGCCAAAAUGAGAGAGCAUAGGUUAAGAUGGUUUGGUCAUGUUCAACGUCGAGACGUUAACCACCCAAUACGAAGAAUAGUUGAAGUGCAGAUUCCUGGAAGGAGUAGGAGAGGAAGACCAAAGAAGACCUGGGGGGAGACGAUAAGGCAGGACAUGCUGGUAAAGGGGAUUAACAUUGAUAUGGCCCAAGAUAGAAUUGUGUGGAGAAAUGCAAUUAAGGAAGCCGACCCCGCAUAGGGAUAAGG